AUGGUACUACACGGCCCUUCAGCCCCGCCAACCCGCGUAGCACAAGCCUGUGUUCCAUGCCACCGGACAAAGACCAGAUGCGAUGGUCAGCAGCCCAUCUGCUCACCAUGCAAUGACAAGGGAAAAUCGUGCGAAUGGCCCCAGCCGCGCGGCGGCAGCAAGUCUCUGACGGACCGGUCGUCCUCCUCGCUGUCCAGCUCCUCCGGCCUACCGACCUCGGGCUGCACGCCGCCCUCGGACUCCAUGGCCAUGCCCGACCACGGCGGCCACCCGAUGACGGCUCCGUCCAUGCAGCAUCAGCAUCAGCAGCACCAUUCGCCCACCGGCAUGACUACUACCUCGCAUGCGAUGAUGUCGGCUGGCCCCAUGCCGAUGACGACGAUGUCCGACACCCUCGACUUCACCACCCCGGGAUCUAUCCUGGAUGAGGCCAUGAGGCUCCAGCUGCAGAGUAUCUACUUUGCCAAGUUCCAUCCCCAGUGGCCGCUGCUGCAUCGGGAGACGUUCGAGACGACGGCGCAACCCAAGUUGUUGAUGCAGGCCGUUAUGACGGUUGGGCUGUGGUUUGCUUCAUGGCCGGACGCUAGGAACCUCGCAGUCAAGUUCCACGACAGUCUCUUGGCAGAAACAGGAAACAAACUUCUCGAUCUACUGGAGCAGUCACGACAAGGCUUGCUCUCGCCGCGGAUGGAUCUGCUACCAAUUUUCCAGUCCAUGCUGAUCUCGACAAUACUCGUGCCGUACCGAGCGGACCAGUCCAUGGACAACGUGAUGAUGACGCACGCCAUGUUGCUCGAGACGUUCAAAGCCACGGGUGUAUACGAGCAGUCAAAGAUCAACCUAGGGUCGCAGCUCUGUGGGCAUAGUGGAUACCCUUGGAUCUUUAAAGAACUAUACCAACGUCUCGCCGUCUUCCAGUUCAAGCUACAUCUAAUCCUCCAAACAAUAUUCAUCACAAUACACCCGGCCCUGCGCUUAUCCCGCAACGCAGAGCCGGCCAUGCUCAGGAUAAAAAUACCGCUACCGCUGAUGAUGUGGGACGGUCCCGCGGCGCACUGGUACGGCAUGGUCCCGACGGAUCCCGCGCUGAUGGACGCGAGCUUCGGCGGCGGCGGCGGCAGUGGCGACGACGAGGUGCUGAUGAUUAGCAAAAUGUGCGAAAAGGCGAGCUUGACGAUGGACAACAAGGCCCUCGUCCCUCUACUUUCCUGGGACCGGUGUUUGGGUAUGGCGAUUUGGUGUUGGUGUCUACGGGGGUCCGAGAGCGACAAGGAGUUUAGAGAGAACGUGAAGCCGUUUGUUCUCGAUCCGUUGAAGGAUACGAAUGUUUUUCCAGGUUCCGGCUAG